AUGUUUCUUGCAAUUGUUGUGAUAACUUUUGCAAUCUUUGUCUCGGCUCUACCGAACCGAGCCUCUGAAGCACAGCAUUUUACUCGUCUAGAUGAUAUUGCGGCUUCAUAUGACUAUGUUAUUAUUGGUGGAGGAACUUCUGGGUUGACAGUCGCUGAUCGGCUAACAGAAGAUGGAAAAUUUACCGUAUUGGUUGUUGAGUAUGGUUAUUUUGAGGACGCUGUCAACCCUUACGAGUUCAACACGAAGGGAAUACCAAGCAGCAUGACAUUUAAUAUCACAUCAGUUGGCAGUAAGAAAGUUUCACUUGGGAUAGGAUGUUGUGUCGGAGGUAGUUCUGCCGUUAACGCAAUGGCUUUCAUGCGUGGUACAUCAGAGGAUUAUGACCGAUGGGACACUCUCGGAGGUGUUAGCAGCAGGCAGUGGAAUUGGGAACAUCUCUUGCCAUAUUUCAGAAAGAGCGCUACUUUCAAUCCUCCGACUGCCGAAUUCGCCCAAGACUUUCCCGUAGAGUAUGAUAUCCAAAAGGCUUGGGGAGGUCAAGGACCGAUUCAAGCUAGCUGGCCAACUUUCCAGUAUCCUGCCAUCAAUAUCAUGCACGAUGCAUGGAAGACUCUCCCGGGCGUUGAGUUUCCAAAGGAUGGGUCCGAAGGUAAGGCUGGAAUCGUCUGGAUUCCCAUGUCGGUAAAUCCAGAGGACGAAACUCGAUCUUACGCCCGAACUGGCCAUUACGAAACUGUGAAGAGCAGAACCAACUAUGCACUUCUGACAGGACAUAAAGUCGAUAAAAUCGAAUUUACCUCUGGCGGUACACUGAUAACGGCCGACAGCGUGCUCAUAUCUCCCAGAUCAGGGGAUGGGCCAACGGUUAAAGUCACUGCCAAUAAGGAGAUAAUUCUUGCGGCCGGUGCCAUUCACUCUCCACAAGUUCUGCAACGUAGCGGCGUCGGCCCUCGAGACCUUCUGGAUAGCGCUAAUAUCCCUGUGGUUCUCGAUCUCCCUGGCGUUGGUCAGAACUUCCAUGACCAUUCAUAUUUAACUAUGGAGUAUAAAUAUCUAACCAAUGUUUUUCCAUACCCGGAGGCGGUCCGAUCUAACGCCACCUUUGCAAACUGGACUGCGGAAGUCUGGGCGAAAAACAAAACAGGCCCGUAUUCUGUUGUUGGCUCCAAUCUCAUGGCGCAACUUGGUCUCCCGAUAAUCGCCCCCGACGAAUACAAGUCGAUCGCAUCUGAUCUUGAGGACCUAGAUCCCGCCAGCCUUCUGCCCUCCAAUACAGACCCAACAGUUAUCGCAGGCUAUGCAGCUCAACUAAAGGCCAUGGCAGCCGCUGCACGAUCCAAUAAUACGGCCUGGCUCCAGUACGGUCUCCGUGGCGUAGCUAGGAUGAAUGUUAAUAAUAUGCACCCUUUGAGCCGUGGUAGCGUUAAUAUCAACAUCUCAAGUCCAGAGAGUGAGCCAGUUGUGGAUUAUCGUGCUCUUACCAAUCCAAUCGAUGUUCGAAUUGAAGUUCUGCUUCUCAAAGCCAUCCGGAACUACUUUGCAAGCGAGGGAGAAAUACAAAAGCUCACUCCUGUUGAGGUAACCCCUGGGCCGGAUUUUGCAUCAGAUGCCGACUUGACUAGAUAUGUUCAAGAUACUGUUACUCCAACUCAAUAUCAUCCGGUGGGGACAUGUUCUAAGAUGCCGCUUAAGUUGGGCGGUGUUGUAGAUGAAAAUUUGAGGGUUCACGGAAUUUGGCGGCUCCGUAUUGUCGACGCUAGUAUUAUACCUUUAAUCGUUGGAGCCACCUUGCAAUCAACCGUUUACGCUGUUGCAGAAAAGGCCGCAGACUUGAUACGACAGAAUGCUUGA